AUGGCAGACUGCGGCUUUGGAAUCCCGCUCCCCAUUUGCAUCCAAUGCGGAACUGAUCAGAACCCGUGCCACGUCAAGGUUGUUGGCCCAACGCUUGGGUUCAUCAUUGGCAUUGUCAUGGCAAUCAUCUGCUGGCCUGCUGCGAUCUUGUGCUGUUGCUGCGCGACAGAGGCUGGAAAGAAAAUGCUGGGCGCGCCGGCCGAUACGUCGAUGAGGAUAGGAAACGCGAUACCCUUUUAG